AUGGGUUCGUCAAACAGAAAAAUGCAAGUCCUUAUCAAUUUAAAUAAAAUCUUAAAUCUUAAUGACUUCAAUGAAAUCAAACGAAUGGAAGCUGAAUUUGAAAAAAAUGGUUGGUGUUUUGUUUUAUUAACAACUGAACUCAUUCCAGACAAGGAAUUAGUGAAAGAAAUAUCGACAUUUUUUUCAUCCAAUAGUGGUAAGGAUAGAUAUUCGCAAUAUAUACCUGUAUAUGGAUAUUCGAAAAUAGAUCAUAAAGAAGGAAUAAAAUUACUAACUGGAAGUUAUUUUAAUAGAUUUGCAAAUAAAGGCUUAGUACCAAGAACACUUGUUGAACCACUAAAUUAUCUUUCGCAAGCAUUAGAUGCUACUACAAAACGUUUGAUUGAAGUUCUUGAUCAACAUUAUAUAUUUCAAAAGAAACCAUCUAUAUCAACUCUUAUCGAACAAGCAAGUCUUCCAUUACAGAAGGAACAUUUUGGUAUGCUUGAUAUUGUAUCUUAUUUCAAUAAGAAAAGUGGAUUUCAACCACCUGAAAAUGGACAAACAACUGAAGAAGUUAAUUGUGUUCCACAUUAUGAUCCAGGUUUAUUAUCAAUUAGUAUUUUAUCAACAUUUGAAGGACUUCAGUUGAAAAAUAUGAUAACUAAUGAAUGGAUAUAUGGACCAUUAAAGUCAAAUAUAGGAGUUGUUUGGUUAGGAGAAGCAGCAUCUCGAAUAACAGAAAAUCGACUUAAACCAGGUAUUCAUCGAGUUGUUUAUCCUCGAAAAUCAAAACGACGACUUACAAUUUGGUAUGAGUUAUGCACAAUUGAACAGUUGAAAAGUAUAAGUGCCGAAAAGAAGGAUGAAUUGAUGCAAGAAGGAACCGUAAUUUUUAAAAAUCUUCCUGGAUCAAAUCCAAUAGCUAUUCGACGUGGCGAGAAACAACUCGAUUUUUUAAAACGAAUUGAAGAGGCUUAUGGUUUAUCUUCGAGUAAAAUGGGUCCACCAUUUUAUCGUCUAGAAAAACAUAAUAUUUCAUAUCCAAUAGAACAUUUAAAAAGUUAA